AUGUCUGCAUCGGGCUUUGUUCCUGCGGAAUCGAUCGUCACUCGUGUUGAACCUGUCUCAUUCUGCGAUGCUCAGCUUACGACUGGAUUGGAGGUGAAGAAGGGCCUUGAUGUUGGGAUCUGCACUCGGCUGUUGACCGAGUGGGUUUAUUUCUGUAUGGAGGCGGCGCAGACUGGUGCCCGCAUUGGAGUCCAGUCCCGUCACGGAUGCUGCAUUCAAGCAAGUCGAGUCCAUGAUCGUGGAACAUGGACCGAUGAACGGGUUUGUGCUCUUCGACUUUCGAGUGCAGUGCAGUCUCGAGACUCGACCAUCUCUGGAUCCCGCUUCACCGAACCAUCGCCCUCUCGGCCCCUCCAUCUGAGGCGGAAUGACGCUCAGCGGCCUGCGGCACCGGGCGGAGUGGACCCCCCCGAAUUCCAAAUCCCCCCACCGCCCGGCCUCCCAGUCCCCGAACCAAAGUCCAAUUCAUGCAAGGUCACAGCGUCAUGA